UUCUCCCGUGGGGUUAAUUUAGGAACUGGAUGCAAGCUUUUCUCAGUCGCGCACACAGUUUCCUGUCAGAACUAACCCAACAUGGAUAGGGUUGAAACUUUACUCAAAGAGCAGCAGCUUAAGGAUCAGUUUGACAACUUAGAGAAGCAUACACAGUGGGGGAUCGAAUAUGUGGAGAAGUACACCAAAUUUGUCAAGGAGAGGUCAGAGAUCGAAACCAACUAUGCAAAACAAAUUAGGAAUUUAUCAAAGAAGUAUCAACCCAAGAAGAACUCGCGAGAAGAGGAAGAGAGCAAGUACACCUUCUGUCGGGCCUUCCUAUCGACCCUUAAUGAGUUAAACGACUACGCGGGUCAACACGAGGUCAUAGCGGAGAACCUGACAUCUCAAAUCAUCACCGAGCUUUCGCGCUACCUGCAGGAGCUCAAGACAGAGAGAAAAUCGCACUUCCACGAUGGGCGUAAGGCGCAGCAGCACAUUGAGAGCUUGUGGAAACAGCUGGAAUCAGCUAAAAGAAAGUUUGAGAGGGACUGUAAAGAGGCAGACAGAGCACAGCAAUACUUUGAGAAGAUGGACGCCGACAUUAACGUGACUAAGGCCGACGUGGAAAAGCGAAUUUCCCAUAAGGCACGACAGCAAGCUCAGAUGAGGCACCAGAUGGCUGCUGACAGUAAGGCCGACUACUCCUCCUACCUGCAAAAGUUCAACCAGGAGCAGAAUGAACAUUACUUUACCAUUAUCCCCAACAUAUUCCAGAAACUUCAAGACAUGGAGGAGAAAAGAAUCGAGAGGCUAGGAAUCUGCAUGAAGACGUUCGCAGACGUGGACCGCCAAGUGCUGCCCAUCGUGGGGAAAUGUUUAGAUGGCAUGACGAAAGGCGCCGAGGCCAUCGAGCCUAAGACUGACUCGAAGCAGGUUGUCGAGUCCUACAAGUCUGGGUUCGAGCCACCGGGCGAUGUGGAGUUCGAGGACUACGGCCAGCCCAUGAAGAGGACGGUGUCUGAGACGAGCCUGUCCAAAAACGAGGCCAAGGAGAAGCCCGCUGGCAAGAGCAAGACCAAACUCUGGCCUUUCAUUAAGAAUAAGAACAAGCUUAUGUCCCUGUUAACGUCCCCCCACCAGCCCCCACCUGCCCCCCCAGCCUCAUCCCCGCCCUCACCCUCUGCUGUUCCCAACGACCCCCAGUCUCCCAAGCAGCAAAAGGAGCCCCUCUCCCACCGCCUCAACGACUUCAUGACCUCCAAACCCAAAAUGCACUGCCUCCGGAGCCUGAGGCGAGGGCAGCAAUCCCCGCGCUCGCUCAUUUGUCACAAAGAGCUUAUGAAGAGGACUCUGGGCCGACCCACAUAUGCUUUCGAAGCAAGGCAAUAUGUUCUUUCUCUCAAGCUGAUCACACUCAAUUCCCACGUCCGGAAUCUCAUUGAGGGCUCCGGACCAGAAGACUUCAGCCACCUGCCACCAGAACAGAGGAGGAAGAAGCUGCAGGGCAAGCUAGACGAACUGAAUAAGGACAUUCAAAAAGAAAUGGACCAGAGGGACGCUCUAACUAAGAUGAAAGACGUGUACGUGAAGAACCCUCAGAUGGGAGACCCGACAAGUGUGGACCCCCGGCUAUUAGAAAUAUCCCAGAACAUCGAGAAGCUCCAGUUUGAAGUUCAGAAAUUUGAGGGCUGGUUAGCGGAGGUGGAGGAAAGGAUGCCAUCAAAGAGCGAUACACACCGAAGAAGUGGACUCUAUGAGACCCAGAACAACACAACAGUGGCCAACAACUGUGCACAGGACAGAGAGAGGCCCUUGAGCAGCCCGGAUGGCAGCUACACCGAGGAGCAGAAUUCAGAGACUCAGGUCAAAGCCACCGUCAACCCCGUUCCCACCUCCAGCACACCAGAGUUCGACGACGAGUUCGACGACGAGGAGACCCUGCCCACCAUCGGCACCUGCAAAGCCUUGUACCCAUUCGAAGGUCAUAACGAGGGCACCAUCGCCGUGGCGGAAGGCGAGCUGUUGUACGUCAUAGAAGAGGACAAAGGAGACGGCUGGACACGAGUGCGCAGGAACGAGGACGAGGAGGGAUACGUCCCCACAUCCUACGUCGAGGUCUUUUUGGAAACAAAUGCCAAAGAUUCCUAAAAGUGCGAGGCUGGCUGAGGAAUGGCAGGGCAAGCAGCCUCGGAGGACAAAAACCACCAUGUUCCUCACGCGCUCACAGAGUCAGAGAGAGAGAAAGUGAAAGAUGACCUGAAUCUAAAAGAGAGUGAGAGAAAGAAAGAGAAAGAGAGACGGCCGAUUAGAACGCAUCUCAAUUUUUCCAAAACCAUUACGAGAAAAACUUAUCGGCAGUGUUGCGCUUCUUCUGCAGAACUCUGCGAUGUUGAAGCAAAGAUAAGAAGACAUCCAUCUAAAUUUUUUAGCUCUCAUAACCUUUUUCCAUUCUUAACACCCCCAUACAGCAGUCACAACCACAGUAUACAAUUUGCUUUCUGUUGUUUUUUUAGCUUUGCUUCUUAAUGGAACUAACUUCCGCUUGCAAACGCGCGCGGUCAUGAACGCGGCUGUUGGCUUCCUCGCUCUGAACGCCCCAACCCAACCCAACCCCCUUUUUCCCACCUCUCUUUGCCCCUAUUGCACACACACACACACAUGCAUAUGGCAAGAGGGUGUGGUCAGAGACAGGACGGAGACCAGCAGGGAGCCUACGGACAGCUGUCAAAAAACACCUUCAUCCAGCGGUGUGUAUGUGUGACGAAAGAAAAGAAUCAUCCACCUACAUGGAUGAUUGGACCUCAUGUUCACCCCCCCCACAUCCCUCCCACUAAAAUCAGCUCCAUGUUUUCAGGUUUGCACCCAACUGGCAAAGGAAAAAGUGCUAAUCAUGUAUCUGCUGUGUUUUCACGUCGUCUAUGUCGUGUUUGUCUGAUUUGAACGCUCGUACGUGUGUCUUAUUUUGAAAGUCUUGUGUGUUUGGGAUGGAUGAUGGGUCAUUUCGCCAUCGCUCAUCUUUACAAAUUCUUGUCUUGUCACUGGUGUCUGUUCCUCUCUCUGACCACCAACCCCCCCCUUCCCAUCCCUCCUUUCCUCACCUCCUCGGCCCCCUCCCCUCCUUCCUCAGGCGGCUCAGGCUCUCCCUCGGCUGCUUGGAGCCCCCCUUUCCCCUUUUUUUUUUUUGCAACAGCUCAGGGCGGGGGCCUUCAGCGUUGUGGUGUGCUGCAUGCUUGCCCUGUCUUCCUCCUUGCCCCCCUCUGCUGGCAACCCAAGAAGGUGGUAUGUGUGUGGGGGGCUUGGGGGGUUGUGUUUGGUCAGCUUACACACACCCCCCCCCGUCCCCUUCCCUCGCCUUCAGCCUUUCUGUUCAGUUAACCCUCAUUGCCUGGUCGUACUGUUCGAAUUAACCUGAAUGCUACUGUUUGGGUUCAGUGCCUGUGGUUCUUUUUCUUUUCUUUUUGUUUCUUCUGUUGGGUCAGAAAGCAUGAUUUCCUGCUCUUAACAGCGAACGAGCGAGUGAUCUUCUCCUCCCAGUGUUCCCCAGUUUUAAUCUUAAAAACUGUCAGCAAAGGACGACAGGGACCCUGAAAUAUUGUUUUCAGAACGAUCUUAUGCAGAAAUAGGUCAUGGAUGUUUUUUGUGCAUUUGUUUUACACAGUUACAGUAUGUAUGUAAAAAAAUUGCAUUGUAUGUUUUGAUCUAAGUGUCUAACGCAAGUUGGUGUUGUUAGUUUACAGUUAAUCACCUUGUGGAAAUGUCUCCGCUCGGUCAAAGCAACAGUUUACCCCACAAAAUAACUUAGGAUGGUCCACUGUAAGUGUCUACUGUAUAUGAAAAUAUACUGUGAUCCACAUUUUCCUGUGAGUUUGUGACUGAAAUGAGACCCCGAAACACCUUCUUCUUUUUUUGGGGGGGGGCCUUAACUGGGUUUCUGAGAGACAUAAAGAUGCUGAUGGUAGCUGCGGUAUUGUGAAAAAAAGAUGAAGAUGUGAUUAUCUCAAAAGUUUUGGGGGGCAAAAUUUGAGAGUUUUUAUAAUCAGAAAACUGUCAGAUGAGAGAAAUGUGUUCACUGUUCAGUCCCCGUCCCCUUCCCCUUCCUGCUCAACGGCACAUAACGUACGUGAUUUUAACAUUUCUGUUUUAUAUUUGAUGAUGUUGAGAUUCUUUCUUUUCUUUUUUUUCUUUUUUUUUAAGCUGGAAAUCUAUGUUUGUAGCUUAUUCUGCCUGAACGGGACUAAAAAAAUCCCUUAACUGCAAAUAUGAGUAACAUUGUUUUUGGAUGAAGCCAUUCUUAAAUAUUCAUCUGAUGCAGCGUAUUAUGAACACUCGUUAAAACGCAGGAGUGAUAAACAUGAUGACCCCUUUGGACUCUCGAUGGAAGGAAUGAUCCCUGCUGAAUCCACCUUUAAAAAAAAGAAUCAUGUAUUGCUUUCCAUCGCUCGCCCCCUCGAUGACGUCGAGGUAUCAAACAAGCCACUUUUGUCUUUGAUGAUUUUCAGCGACAUGAUAAAUCCUGAUGAGGCACAGAUCAUCGCUUUGAGGGCAGCAGUAGCUUUACAGCAGCCCGCCGAUCGCCUGCAAUGAGACCACCACAAACCUUUUAGUCCAUGCCCCAGAAUAACCUGCCUGUACAGAGGAAAAUGGCACAUCGGAAUUAGAGAGAAUAUAUAUGAAUAUAUAAAUAAAGUUUAAAAAGGAAAAGACAUCUAUUUUAACUAUUGAGAGUCUUACCAUUACUUUAUCUGCUUUGCAAAGUAAGACUUCUUUUCCUUUGUAAAGUCUACCAAAUGGUGUGUUUUGCACUUUUUCGUUUGUGUUCCAUUUGGUAGCCCAUGCUUGUGUUUCGGAGCACUGAAUACUUUGUAUUGUGUUUACUGUGCCAAUUAAAUAUGCCUGGAAAGUCAA